CUCUCGCUCGCCACUCCCACCCUGCCUCGCUCGCCUCGCGCUUCUGCACCCGAUGAACUACCAGUUCCUCAACGCCGACCAGCUCGAGCAGCUUGUCCGCAAAGGCCAGCAGGGCAAGGACUACGCCGUCGUCGAUGUGCGAGACGACGACUACCGCGGCGGCAACCUUCCGGGCGCAAUUCGGGCUCCGAGUGAGCAGCGCACAGAGCAGAGCGUACAAGACCUCGUCCAGCAGCUCAAAGACGUGCCCACCGUCAUCUUCCACUGCACCUUGAGCCAGGUUCGGGGCCCGAAAGCCGCACGGAUCUAUGCCGAUGCGGUGUCCAAGGCGCACGCUCAGCAGCAGCACCAGCCUGGGCCUCGUCCUGUCGGUGACUCGCUCGGCGCGUCAGCGAGCGCACGUCCCGCCGACUUUUCGCCCAACCCGUUCGCCCAGCAGCAGCGCACCGACGGCGCCGACCAGCAGCAGGUGUACGUCUUGCGAGACGGGUUCGCCGGCUGGCAGGCGCUGCACAGGAACGACCCGGCCCUCGUCGAGAACUUUGACGCGACCAUCUGGAGCUGAACGAGGGCGCGCAGAGGACGUAUACCCGUCGCGCUCGAGCCUGGAAUGCCUCGUCUCGCCGCCCU